AUGGCGCGCGCAGCCCGAUGGUUGGGGCUGCUGCUCUGCUGCGUGGCCGGAACGAGCGCCGUCUCCCUCACCACGGCGAGCUCGGGCCUCGUCUACGAGCCGGACGUCGAUUUCCACGGCAGCGACGAGAUUACGGUCACGGUCCGCUCCGCCGCCGGCGAGUUCGCGUCGGCGGCCGUGCCCGUCGUCAUCGAGGCGGCGAACGACGCGCCGGAGCUCGCGGGCGUCGCCGCGGCGCGGGACGCCGCGGCGGCGCUCGACGUCGUCGCCGGCGGCGGCGCCCGGUGCGUCCUCGCGGCGCUCUCCGUCGUCGAGGCCGACGGCGACGGCGCGGUCGCGCUCUCCCUGACGGCAGAGCGCGGCGCGCUCGUGCUCGCGCCCCUCGCCGCCGAGGCCGCGGGCGUCGUCGUCGAGGCGCCGGCGACGAACUGGAGCGCGGCCUGGGCCCCGGCGCCCGCGAAGACGCUGCGGCUCCGCGCGGCGCCGCACCGCCUCCGAGACCUGCUCGCGGCCUGCGGCGUGACCUACGCGCCGCCGGACGUCGCCGGCGCCGACGCCCUCACGGCCCGGGCCGACGACGGCGCGCUCCGAUCCGCUUUGGCGACCUUUCCCGUCGCCGUCGGCGCGCCGCGGGCGCCCGUCGUCGCCGCGUGCGGCGCCGCGGCCGCGGACGAGGACGGCGCCGCGGCGCUCAACCUGACGCUCGUCGGCGGCGCGCCCGAGGGCCCCUUCCUGCGCCUCUCCUGGACGACGAGCCACGGGGGCGCCGUGGCGCUGCGGGCGCAGGCGAACGCGACGGAGUUCCCGCGCGGCGAGUUCCGCGCGUCCGGGAGGAACGCCGUCGCGCUCGCGCACCCGCGCCAGCUCCGGGACCUCGUCGCGAGCGGCGCCCUCGUCUACACGCCGGCGCGGCCGGGCCUCGAGUUCGCGACCUUCUCCCUGACCGCGGUCGCGACCUUCGACGGCGAAGCCGCGGGCGAGGCGACGUCCGCGACGUGCGGAGUGACGAGCGCGCCGGUCAACGACGUCCCGCGCCUCCUGGGCCCCCUCUGGCGCGGCGCGGCGACCUACCGCGCCGACGACGCCGAGUGGUUCACGGACGAGGACGUGCCCGCGGCCGUCCGCGGCGUCGUCGUCGCGGACGCGGACGCCGACGACGCCGCGGACGGCGAGGGCGUCGCCGUCUUCCUCGCGGCCCACCCGCCGGGCAGCGCCCUGGUCCUCGGCGGCGCGCCCGCGGGCGUGCGCAUCUCCACGGCGAGCGGCGGCGGCGCCUGGCCCGCGGCGAGCGCCGCGCUCAACGUCUCGGGCUCGCUCGACGGCGUGAACCGCGCGCUCGACGGCCUGCGCUACGUGCCGCCGCCGCACUUCGACGGCCUGGGCGUGAUCGACUUCGUCGCCGAGGACGCACACGGCGCGCGCGACGCCGCGGCGGCUGUCAUCCGCGUCGCGUUCGUCGACGACGCGCCGACCUUCGACCUCGGGCCGGCCGUCGACGGCGCCACGGGCGCCGUCGACGCGCUCGAGGACGCCGCCGUGCGCCUCGGCGGCGGCCUGCGGUCGGGCAUCGGCGCCGACGCGCGGCGGACGCCGUCGCCGCGCGUCGCGGCGUUCUCCGACGCGGACUCGACGGCCGCGAGCCUCGUUAUCUCGCUGUCUGCGGACGACGCGGCCGUCGCCUUCGCGCUCGUCGGCGACCACCCGGAUGUCAUCUUAGACGACGGGGAGCUCCGGGGCCUCGCCGGCGACCUCGCCGUCGCGUUCGACGACGUCGAACUCCUCCCGGCGCCGGACUGGCACGGCUUCGCGCGCGUGGCCCUCUCCGUCGCCGCCGCCGAGGACGAGGCGGCGAUCCUCGCCUCGACGUCCUUCCUCCUGCGCGUCCGCGCCCUCCAGGACGCGCCCGCGGUCGUCGACGGCUUCCACGGCGCGCGGGAGGUCGACGAAGACGCGCCGCUCGCGCUGACGGGCGUGUCCGUCGUCGACGCGGACUACGACGACGCGGCCGUCGCCGCCGCGCCGUCGCUCUACUGCACGCUGCGCGUCUCCGCGCGGCGCGGGUCCGUAGCCCUCGCGGGCGGGACCUGGGCCGCGGCCGCCGCGGGCGCGUCCCUCGUCGACGACGACGCGGGCUCCUUGACGCUCGCGGGCCGGCCGGGCGAGCUCACGGCGGCGCUCGCGAGUCUCGUGUACACGUCGGCGCCCGACGGCGACGGCGGCGACGUCGUCGACUUUUCCGUCGACGACGGCGGCGCGUUCCCCUGCGACGACCAAAGCUGCGAGGCGCUCACGGGCGCGCUCGCGGUGCCGAUAGCCGUCGCGUCCGUCAAGGACGCGCCGCGGAUCACCGCGCCCGCGACCGUGCGCUACGCCGAGGCCUUCCGCGGCGUCGCCCUGGGCCGCAACGGCACGAAGCGCGAGACGCCCGUCGCCGGCGUCGAAUUCGAGGACCCGGACAGCGACGUGCUCGCCGUGACCGUCGUCGCGGCCGGCGGCGGCGUGCGCACGGUGGACCGCGUGCCCGACGUCGACUACGGCGACGACCUCUGGAGCGAACGCGGCGCCGUCGUGCGGCGCGCGACGCUCCGCGCGAGCCCCGAGCGGCUCAACGCGGCGCUGUCGACGCUCGCGUGGGUCGGCGACGACGCCGCGGGCGACAAGGACGGGCUCGUCGCGGGCGCGAUCACCAUCACGGCGACGGACGGCGACGGCCUCGAAACGACGGCGACCAUCGCGCUGGAGGCGUCGGCGUUCAACGACGCGCCGGUCCUGUCCUCGGACCUGAGGUCCGCGGAGUUCGCCGAGGACUCGGGCUGGGCGGCGCUGCCGGCCGUCGCGGCGACGGACUUCGACGACGCGACGCUCGAGCUGCGGGCCGCGGCGCGGCCCGAGGGGGCGCUCGAGGUCCACGAGAUCCGGACGGCGGCGAACGGCGGCGCGCGCGCGCCGGCGGUCCACGUCAUCUCCGUAUCGAACGCGUCGAACGCGUCGGACCCCGUGGGCGACGGCGGCUUCUACGUCACGGUCGACCUGCGGCACGUCCCGCGCCUGCCGCCGGGCGCGGCGACGCGGGAGACGACGGGCCUCAUCCGCUUCGACGCGGUCGCGCGCAUCGACGACGAGCGCCGCGGCGCCGCGGGCCGCGCGCGCCGCGAGACGCCCGACGGCUCGAGCGACCUCAGCGGCGAAUCCCUGGAAUCGAAGCUCCGCGCGCUGACGAACGUGCGCCUGAGCGGCUUGCGGGUCGUCGCCGCGCGCGACGACUACGCGGCCGAGGACCCGUUCGACGCGGAGGACAUGCGCUACGACGGCGCGAAGCCGUCCCCCGCCAAAAAGGGCGGCCACGUCUGGCGCGUGACCAUGAGCGGCGCGACGCCCGGGGCCGCGUCGGCGCCGCUGGUCGCGUCCGUGGACAACUCGUCGCUGCUGGCGGCGGCGUCUCGAGUCGCGCGGACCGCGAACGCCGUCGGCGGAACUUUGGACCUCGCCGUCGCGGGCUUCUGCUGCGCGAGCGUGGCGGCCAACGCGUCCGGGGCGGACCUGCAGCGCGCCUUGAACGCGUUGCCGUCCGUGGCGGCCGUGCGGGCGUCGCGGAGCGACGCCGAGGACGCGCAGGGCGGCUUUACGUGGUCGGUGACGUUCCUGGGGCUCGCGCCCUUCCUGGAGGCCAACGGCACGGCGCGCGCGAAGACCGUGGAUUUGGCAGCACGGAGCGACCGCCUCACGGGCGAGGGCGCCGCGGCGGCGGCGACGCUGGUCACCGCGCGGUCCGGCGCGCCCGCGCUCUGGCGCGUCGAAGUCGGCCACGACGGCGACCGCGCCGUCCACGCGGUGACGCUCGGCGACGGCGCGGGCUUCGUGCGCCUGGGCCUGGACACGCGCAACUGCUCGUCUCGCGCGGGCGGGUCCGGCUACCUCGCGGCGGGCUCGCUGCGCUGGACGCGCCCCAUCCCGCGCGCCGCGGUCGGCGACCUCGACGACGAGUCCUACGGCUGGACGGUCCGCGAGGGCCGGGUCGUCCCGGCCUACCCGCCCCACGCCGGCCACGAGCUCGGCGGCCCGAACUCGUCCGUCGAGGCGCAGCUGCUCCGCCUGCCGAACUGGCGGGACAUGGGGCCCGCGCGCCUCGACGUCACGCGCCACGAGCACGGAAGCUCGAACCGAGUGACGUGGCGCGUGACCUUCUCCGACGCGCCCCACGCGCUGCCCCUGCUCCGCGUCAAGGCCGUCGCGGGCAACGACGACGAGGACUACGACGACCUGUCGCUGAGCGACGCGGACGCCGCGCGGGAAGAGGCGUGGGCCGCGGCGAACACGACGCAGACCAAGGUCGCGUCGCUCGGCAACCGCGCGAACGUGCGGAGCCGCGUCGCCCAGGGCGGCCGCGCGUCGACGGCGCUGGAGCUCGAGGCGCCGCCCCUGGGGGGCACGUUCCGCCUCGGCUGGGGCGACGACGGCCAGUGGACCGCGCCGCUGACCGUCGGCGCGUCCGAGGACGACGUCGCGGCCGCGCUCGGGGCGCUCCCGGCGUUCCUGCGGCCCGGCGCGGGCCGCGGCGCCGAAUUCGUCGUCGCGCGCGACGGGCCCCUCGCGGGCGGCGGCUACGCCUACUGGGUCGCCUUCGAGCGGGACCCCUACGGCCUGACGUUCGCGAGCGAAGGCUUCGACGCGCUCGCGACGACCGCGGCGCUGCAGACCGACGCGGCGGCCCUGCGGGGCCCGAGGACGCGCCGCGCGCGCGCGCGCCUCUGGCGGCCCGCGCACGACGCGGGCGUCCUGCGCCUCGGCGUCGCGCGCGCGCCGCUCGCCGUGCUCUCCGGCGACUACCGGGGCGACGUCGCGGUGUCCGCGUCGGGGAGCCCCGCGAGCCUCACGGCGGCGCUCGCGGGGCUCGCCUUCCGGCCGCUGGGGGACUACUUCGGCGUCGUCGCCGUGGACCUCGCCGUCGCCGACGCCGCGGGCGCGACGGACCAUCUGGGUUUGACCGUGACGGUCGCCGGCGCGAACGACGGCCCCCACUUCGACUGGUACGGCGCGGCCGUCGACGUGUCCGGCGCGGGCUACGGGACCUACGCGCUCGACGUCGACGAGGACGCCGAGGGGCGGCUCCUGGGCUUGGCGCUGCGCGACGCGGACGCGAACCCCGGCGAAGUCCACGCCGUGACGCUGAAAGCGAAACACGGCAUCCUGGCCGUGCACCGCGCGCCCGCGGACCCCGACGCUGUCGCGCGCCGCGACGACGCGACGACGUGGCACGAGGACGCCGGCGUCCCGGGCGUCGCCAAGGAGCCGCUGCCGGCGAACCGCACGGCGCCGGCCGCGGGCCGCUCGUCGCGCGACGACGAGAACAACGAGCUCGUGUUGACGGGGUCCCUCGCGGCGAUCAACGACGCGCUCGCGACGUUGACCUACGUGUCGCUCCGCGACUUCAACGGCGUCGACGCGGUGACGCUCGACGCCGUCGACGGGAGCGGCGCUCGAGCGACGCCUCGAUCCCUCGCGGUCAGGGUGCGCCCGGUCAACGACUUCCCCGUCUGGGCCGUCGACGCGGAGGCGCGAAACUUCGCCCUCGCGCCGGAGAUGGGCGCCGCGGACGUCGCGGGCCGCGGCGUCGCGCGGCUCUACGGCUACCACGCGUCGACGGCUUCCGCGCACGACGCGUCCGCGUACUUCAACGCGAACAACUACAGCGGCAACGGGUCCCUCGUCGUCGCGGCGCGCUUCGUCGACGAGGACUGCGGCUUCGUGCGCGUGGGCGGGCUGAGCGUCGACGACGCGGACGCGUACUCGCCGACGCUCGACUCGCUCCCCGGCGUCGACUUCGGCGGCUGGCCCGCGCACCUCGAGGUGCGGGCGACCGUCGGCUUCGGCAAGCUGAACCUGCGCGCCGGCACGGGCGCCGGCGCCGCGGCGGUGCUCAAGGCCGCCGGCGCUAGCGACCUGCAGGUCGUCGACGGCGACGCCGUUGCGGGGUCGCGGACGCUCGUCGUCCGGGGGCGGAUCGCGGGCGUCCGCGCGGCGCUCGGCGCCCUCGCCUACGCGCCCGACGCCCACUGGAACGGCGUCGACGUGCUGGAGCUGACGGCGAGCGACGGCGGCGACGCCGCGUACGGCGCGGGCGGGCCGCGGUCCGCGGCGGUGCUGAUCGCGCUCGAAGUCGCGCCCGUCGCCGACGCGCCCCAGGUCGUCGUGCCCGCGGCCCUCGAGACGUUUGGCGUCGACGCUCUCGAGGACGAGGUGCUCCAGUUCGGCGGGCCCGCGGCGCAGGCGUCGCAGAACCGCGUCGCCGGCGCGUUCGCGGUCGUCGACGACGACCUCGUCGACUUGCGGAGCACGGCGCGGCGCUGGCUCGUGCCCUACUCGCGGUCGGCGGACACGUUGGACGUGCGGACGCCGCGACUUGGGGACCUCGACGGCGGCGAGGCGAACCGCGAGGACGCGUCGUCGACCAAGGGCACGUACGCCUACGCGAACUCCCACGAGCAGGCCGCGGCGGGCCUCGCCGUCGCCCACGUCGACGCGGGCGACGUCGAGAGCGACCGCCACGGCUACCGCGUGCACCGCGUGCGGGACCGCUACACGCUCGUCGUCGCGGCGCGGCGCGGCUUCGUGGCGCUGCCGACGGCGCACGCGCCCGAGGACGCGGACUGGAAGAAGGAGCACACCCUGGUCAACUACACGCUCGCGGAGGCGAACCGGGCUCUAGUCGGCCUGCAGUACGUGCCCGACUUCAACUGGAACUCGGCCGCGCAGGCGCGGAAAGCCGCGGACGUCGCGGGCUUCGACGGCCGCGUCGACGGCGACGGCCCGCUGGAGACGAUCACGGUGGCGGCCUACGACGCCACGGGCCGCUCCGGGUCGUCGACCUACGAAUUCUACGUCAAGCCCGUCAACGACGCGCCCGUGCUCGCGAGCGUGCGGAGCGGCGCGCGCGACCCGUACGCGGGCGAGGCCGACCAGGCGACGCGGUUGACGUUCCGCGCGGACACGCUCGUCGUCGCCGAGGACGGGUCCUCGAGCGACCUGGGGGCGACGGUGCGCGACGUCGACGCCCUCGACGUCGUCGGCGGUUUGAUCGACGUCGUCGCCGUCGCGACGCGCGGCGUGCUGCGCCUGGACGACGCGGCGCUGGCCGCGGGCGGCCGCGGCCGCGUGCGGCUGAGCGCGGGCGCCGAGGGGUCGCGCCUCCUCGGCUUCUCCGGCGAGCCGGACGCCGUCGCCGCGGCUCUCGGGGCGCUCAACUACGCGCCCGACGCGGAUUUCGCGGGCGACGACGCGGUGCUCGUCACCGCGUCGGAUCGAGGGAACAGCGGCGCGGGCGGCGACGGGUCGGACGCGCUGGAGCUGCCCGUCGAGGUGCGGCCGACCUGCGACGCGCCCGUGGUGGCGCCGCGGUCCCGCGCCUACGCGACGGCGGAGGACGCCGCGGCGACGGUCGGCUUCGACAUUUUCGACGAGGACCACGCGAACCUGCUCCGCGCCUACGAGGCCGGCCUCGACGUCAGCGGCGCGCCCGUCAACGCGACGUCCGACGCGACGUUUUUUCCCCUGGUGUCCGCGACGCUGACGGCGGGCAACGGCUCGCUGACCAUCGAGGAGGGCGCGCGGCGCGCGCUGCGCUUCGUCCGGGGCACGUCGGGCGUCUCGGAGUCGCUCAUCGCGUUCCGCGCGACCAUCGCCGACGCCGCGGCGGCCGUCGCCGCCGUGAGCUACGCGCCGCGGCGCGACUACUUCUCGGCGCCCGUCCGCGCGGGCGUGCCCGCGCUCGACCGCGUCGAGCUGGUCCUGGAGGACCUCGGCCUCGACUUCGGCGGCCUGCCGGACGGCUUCGGGGGCGUGGACUGCGCGCCGCUCGUCGGGUCGGCCCACGCCAAGGUGCGCGUCGACGCCGUCAACGACGGGCCCGUCGUCAAGGUGCCCGGCGCGGUCUACGAGGCGUCGGACCUCGCGGGGUCCACGUUCCGCGACGGCGCGGUCCGCGGCGACCUCGUCCUGAAGCGCAUCAAGCCCAUGGCCGUGCCCGAGGACACGAUCUUGGAGCUCGGGAGCCUCGUGUCCGUCGCCGACGACGCCGACGACGCCGACGCGUUCCCGGACGCCGUCGGCGCGCUGACCGUGUCCGUCUCGAACGGCGAGUUCGCGCUCGGCGUCCUCGGCGCGGGCGCGGCCGUCGCCACGGACCCGCGCGACGGGCCCGUGGACGACGUCGACGACGGCGUCGACGACGAGGACGACGACCGCUUCCGCGCGGGGUCCCGCUGGCGCCGCGCGGCGGUCCGGUGGCGCGUCCGCCCGGGCGACCGCGACGCCGCGCUCCGGGGCCUGCGCUUCCGGGGCCUGCCGGACGCCCACGGCAACGCGUCGCUCACGGUCGCCUGGGAGGACGGGGGGCACGGCGGCCUCGGGAACGCGCGCGGCGUCGCGGGCUGCCGCGACUGCUCGCCGGCCUUCCGCGGCUCCGCGGAGGAUCUCGCGCCGUCGUUGCACGACGCGAAGACCAUCCCCGUCGUCGUCGCCCCGGUGCCCGACGCGCCCUACGUCGACUCGGCCUACGGCGGCGGCGCGUCCGUCGAGGUGCCCGAGGACGGCGACGUCUGGCUGAGGGGGGUGCGGGUCGUCGACCCGGACGACGCCGACGCGCCGUUCACUUUACGCCUCGCCGCGGACCGGGGCAGCGUGAGCCUCGGGUUCCCGCCGCCGUCGUCGCUCCGCUUCGAGGUCGGCGACGGCGACAUGGACCGCGCCGUGCGCUGCCGCGGGCCCCUGAGCGCGAUCAACGCGGUGUUGGCGGAUUUGCGCUAUGCUCCGCCGCGCGACUUCACGACGGCGGGCGCGGGCGCGCUCGACGUGUUAUCGCUCGUCGUCCACGACGUCGACGACUUCGACCGCUCGGCGUCGUCGACGAUCCGGCUGCGCGUGGCGCCGUCGUCGAACUGGAACGACGCGCCGGCGCUGCGGAUCCCCAACGCGUCGCGCGUCGGAUCGCCCUGCGUCGCGCGGCCCGAGGGCGCGCUCCGGCGCACGCGCGGGCGCACGGAGGACCCGGGCCGCGACGCCGACGAGGUGCCCGUCUGCGACCGGCGCGUCGCCGUCGCGAGCAUGGCCGGGUUCGUCGAGGACGUCGUGCGCCAUCCCUUUGGGGGCAUAACGUUCUCGGACGCGGACGAGGCGGAGAUUCUGUACACCGCGCCGCGUCUGGAGGUGCGGCUCGCGGUGACGAACGGUCUGUUGAAGUUCGACGGCGCGGACGGGCUGGGCCUGCAGGCCCUGGACGAGGCGGCGCCGCUGGGCGUCUUCCGGUCGCGCCAGGCCUUCCGGGGCGCGCCGGACUUAUUGACCGCGGCGAUGCGGUCGCUCGCGUACGUCACCAAAGAAAACUGGUACGGCGUCGACGCGCUCAACAUCUCCGUCGUCGACGGCAAGGGCCACGACGACGCGGCGACGAUCAUCCUGGACGUGGACCGCGCGCCGGACCGGCCCUUCCUGGAAGCGCGCGCGGACGAGGCCGCGCCGCUCUACCGCUACGGCGGCUUCGGCGGCCCGACGGGCGCGUGGGGCCCCGCGGCCGCGCUCGAGGACGCGCCCUUGCUCACGUCGGAAGACGUGCGCUUCCGGCUCCCGACGCUGCGCGUGCGCGACGUCGACGCCGAGGCGAACGCGGACGCCGUCGCGGCGGCCGGCCGCGCGGGCGAGACCGCCGCGGACGCGAUACGGGAAUUGGUGCGGGGCCGCGAGGUGCCCAACGCGCUCGAGGGCCCCAAGGUCGAGGUCGAGGCGCGGCUCACGCUGCGGGUGUCCGUGCACUUUGGCAAGGUGAGUUUGUGCGCGCUCAAGUGCCCGGGCGUGUCCUUCCUCGAGCCCGACUACGCGUUCGAGGCGCGGCGCCGCGGUGGCGUCGCGGCGCUCGCGGGCGUGCGCGCGCCGCCCUUCGAGCCCUACGCCGUCCUCGAGGCGGGGGCUCGCACCGGCGACGGGACCGUGCGCACGGGGCGGCCCCAGCUGCGCUGGUGGCGCAACGCGACGCUCCGCGGCACGGCCGCGGCGCUGACGCGGGCGCUCUGGGACGCGCACUACUGGCCGGACCUCAACUACAACUCCGACGCCGCGGGCCGCGAGGACGACGUGCUCACCGUGCGCCUCUCCGAGGAGCCGCCGAGCGGCGACGGGUCCCCGAGCGACGAGGCCGUUUUGCGCGUCCAGGUCGCGGCGGCGAACGACGCGCCCGUCGUCGCCGCGGCGCGCCUCGAGACGCUCGCGAGGCCCCUGUCGUCGACGGGCGAGGCGCCGACGACGGGCGACGGCCUGAGUCUGGCCGUCGUCGCCGUGGACGACGACGCGCUCGUGACGACGGAGGACGAGCCCCUGGUGCUCGCGGAGCUGUUUUCGGUGAGAGACGCGGACGCGGCCGAGGCCGGCGGCGACGCGACGGCGCUGGAAGUCACCGUGGACGCGACGCGGGGCGCGGCGGCCUUCGCUCUAGACGCGCCGGACGUGCUCUUCCUCGAGCCGGCGGACUGGGGCGCCUGGAACGACACGGCGGCGGCGGCCUACGAGACGCGGCAGCCGUGGCGCGACGUCGGCGCGCGGCGCGUCGUCUUCCUCGCCGGGCCCGACGCGGCGAACGCGGCGCUGGCGGCCCUGGCCUUCAUCCCCGCGCGGGACUGGCACGGCUCCGGCGCGACGGUGACCGUGACCUGCGACGACCGGGGCAACUUCGGCGCCGGCGGCGCCGCGCGGGCCGCGCGGACCGUCAAGAUCCGCGUCCGCGAGGCCAACGACCCGCCGACGCUCGCGGCGCCCGAGCUCGGCGGCGCCGACGCGCUCUACCUCGACGCCGGGGGCCGCGGGCGGCUCGCCGGCGCGUCGGCCGUCGACGCGAAGCUCGGCCACGUCGCCGCGUUCGCGCCGCGGGACCGCUUCGGCGCGCUGCGGCGCAUGGAGGCGGGCCUCGAGCCCCACGCGCCCUACGCCUCCCCCGACGAGGCGGCCCACGCGGGCUCCGAGCUCUGGCGGUCCGCGCCCGCGCGCGGCACGCGCGACGUCGUCGACGACGCGUACUACGCGGGCGCGGGCAGCGACCCGGCGCACGGCUGGCGGUCCGCGAACGUCGGCGACCUCGCGGCGCGCGGCUCGAGCCGCCCGCGCUUCUUCAGCGAGCUCGACGACCGUUUGUAUUUCGCCGCGGACGGCGACGGCGGCCGCGGCGCGGAGCUCUGGGCGUCCGACGGCACGGGCAGCCACCUCGUCGCGGACGUGCUCCCGGGCGCCGGGUCGUCGGACCCGCGCUUCGUCACGACCUACGGGGACCUGCUCUACUUCAGCGCCCGGGGCAACGACGCGAGGAACUGGCGCGUGCCGCUGGACCACGUCGACGACUGCGGGAGCGCGCGGCAGUCGUCCUUCGAGCCGCGGGCCCACUUCGUCGUCGCCGAGCACAACGUCUGGGAGCCGGGCUGGACCUACGACUGCCCCCAGGGCUUCCGCUGGAUGACGUCCGCGGAGGGCGACGCGGCGUUCACGGGCGCGAACUUCGGGCCGAGCACGGGCGCGGGCUGGGUCACGGGCGACGACACGAGCGAGCCGCUGGUCUACUACGACCAGUGCGGCUGGGAGGGCUACCGCUGGGGCGGCAAGGCGCGCGAGCAUUUCCGCUUCUCCGACAGCCACAUCACGGGGAGCUACAAGUCGGCCGGGUCGCCCGACGGCCGGCGGCCGGACCUCGACCGCAAGCGCAGGGGGAAGGUGGACCUCCGGGUGAACAAGUUCGCGGGGAUCAUGUGCAUCGAGGACGGCGCCUACGCGGGCGUGUCGCCGACGGGCGCCGAGCUCUGGGUCUCCGACGGCCGCACGGAGACGUACCGCGCCGCGGAGAUCAGGCCGGGCGGGCCCGAAUCCCACAGCGACCCGCGCUACCUCGCCGUCUUCGACGGGGCCCUGUUCAUGUCGGCGGACGACGGGUUCCACGGGCGGGAGCUCUUCCGCUUCGUCGCCGACGACGACGCGGGCCGGGGCUCCGCGCGCAUGGUCGGCGACCUCCGCCGGGGCCCGGAGCCGAGCCACCCGAGGUACCUCACGGCCUGCGGCGGCUUCCUCUGGUUCGCCGCCGACGACGGCUUCAGCGGCGACGAGCUCUGGGUCUCGGACGGCAAGCUCGGCUUCCUGGACCGCGACCGCGGCGACGCCGCGCACCCGUCGUCGUUCCCGGAGGUCGGCGGCGCGGGCACGCGCGUCGCCGCGGACGUCUUCGCGGGGCGGCCGGGCUCGCAGCCGGACCACCUCGCCUGCCUCGACGGGACCUUAUUGUUCGCGGCGUCGACGAAGCACGAGGGCCGCGAGCUGUGGCGCGCGACGUGGAAAUAUCGCAACGACACGGCCACUCUAGACGUGGCCCUCGUCAAGGACAUCCGCCCCGGCACGAAGCCGUCGAACCCGAGCUCCAUCUUCGCGUUCAACGGCCGGGCCUACUUUGCCGCGGACGACGGCGUCGUCGGCGCGGAGCUCUGGGUCACGGACGGCUCGGGCGCGAACACGCGGCUCCUCGAGGACCUGAGGCCGGGCGCGCGCGGCUCGAGCCCGAAGUACUUCACGGCGCUGACGACGGAGGCGAGCCGCCUCUUCUUCCUCGCGACGACGUCGGACCUCGGCGACGCGCGGGGCUCGUCGCUCGAGGCGCCCGUCGCGCGGCGGCUCUUCGAAUCCGACGGCACGCGCCACGGCACGAAGCGCGUCUACGACCAGACCGAGGCGCUGUUCGACGUGGACGACGAGGUCUUGGACGCGGCCUGGCCCCGGACCCUGGCGCCGCUGGGCGCCGCGCUCUACUACCCCGCGCGCCGCGGGUCGACGAAAUUGCGCGGCGGCGCGGCCGCGGGCCGCGCGACCUCCGGCGCGCCGCGGCGCCUGCGCACGCUCGCCUUCGCGGUCUACGACGUCGACGUCGGCGAAUCGCUCCACAUGACGCUGACCGUGGACCCGCCGGAGGCGGGCGGCUUGACGCUCGGCGAUUUAAGGGGUUGUACGCUCCUGGACGGCGACGGCGUCCGCGACGCGAAGCUGGACCUCCGCGGCUCGCGGGACGAGCUCAACGGCGCCAUGGAGGACCUGUCCUUCGAGGCGCGCGACGGCUUCCACGGGCGGGCGAUCGUGUUCGCGUCCGUGAAGGACGACGCGCCGCGGUGCCCCGCGGCGAACGCGACGGACGGCACGCGGGGGCCCAACGCGACGGCCGACGACUGCGUGCGCGGGUUCAACGCCACGGCCUACGGCAACGCGACGGUCUUCGUGCGCAAGCGGAACCUGCCGCCGUCGAUCGUCGUCGCCCGGGGCCCCGUCGGCGCGGCGCCGGACGCGACGCCGACGCUCAUCCGCAAGGCGGCCGUCGUCGACGACCCGGACGCGACGGAGACGAACUUCGGCGUCGACCCGACGACGGGGCUGCGCGUGGCGCCGAGGCUCGUGGUCACGGUCGCGUCCGCGCGCGGCCGCGUCUCGCUCGCGGCGACGGACGCGGCGCUCUCCUUCCUCGAGGGCGAGGGCACCCAGGACCGGCGGACGGUCUUCGACGGCGCGCUGCCGGACCUCAACCGGGCGCUCGCCACGCUGGCCUACGAGUGCUGGAGCCUCGACGGCUGCGCCGCGGGCGAGGCGGACGCGAUCAACGUCACCGUCGACGACGGCGGCUUCUCGGGCUACGGCGGCGCCCUGACGGCGUCGGGGUCCAUCCCCGUCGUGCUCGUGGGCUACUAG